UCUAUCCGGGAUACGUUUCUCUACCCAGUCGGCCAGUCGCUCCUUCCGGUAAUGUCUAACGCACUAUUUCAGACCAUCGGUGCGAUUUUAGCGAAGAGAAGGUCACCCCCAAAGCCGUUUAUCACAGAACUGAGAUUGUCAAGCGUCGUCCGAGUUUGUGACUUAACGGAGUGGUGGCGUAAGCCCAUCGCUGUAAAAUGACAGUUUUCAUUCGGACAUGGUAUUAGCAGGAACCGAGAUAGCUGACCGCGAUGUGUGCUGUCAUGAGAUAUCGUUUAGCCCUGUCACAGACCCCAUGAAACACACCCAGCCAUCGGAGACCAGCCAGCGACAGGCGGUGCUGACACCCAAACCGACCUCGCCAACCUCCCCGCCCAUCCAACGCACCGCCAUCUAUCAACUUAGCCCUGCGCCCCAGGACCUCAUGACGCCCAAAACCAACCUGCCGGUAGCCCUGGAGGCGAUGAGCAGCGUCUGGCUGCCGCCCACGGACGCCCGCUAUCAGAGAGACACGGCUCUGCCAGUGAUCGAGGGUCCGCGCGGGCCGAUCCGGGCCGGGGAUCACCGCCAAAAGCAACGGUAUAUCACCGUGGUGCAACCCCCGAAGACCGGAGCGAAGAGAAACAACGGAAUCAGGAGUUGCUUCUCCGACAGCUUUCUCCACACGAGGGUGGAACCGCUGGAUGAUGGCCUGAAUAUGGCGGCUAGACCCUUCAAGGGUCUGGUGCCGGCAUCCCAAGACCAAAGGCGUCCCUCCACGCCGAUUGUGGACAGCGCCACGAAAGCAAGCGUAAAUGUCAAGAGGCAGAGGUUCUUCAGCUCGACCGAUUCGGCAAGAACCCUAAAGGAGACGAGGAAUGGGGUCGCGACAGGACGGUCGGAACCCCCGAAGAAACUUGCCAAUAGAACAAAGAAUCAAAAGGCCACAUCGAAAGCCGGUAAUGCCCGCAAAGACCCGGAGCUGCGAGACUCACUUAAGGAAUUGGAGAACGGCUCGUUCUGCGUCUGGAAAGAGAGGACCCGGAGUUUAAGACGAGCCAGUGAGACGUCAUCCGGAAAGACAGACACAGAGACUCCGGCAGGAGACAAGGGCACUGUCAAGGCGGAAACUAAGGAGGAGAGGCGGAGGAACUGGAAACAGGAGUUUGUCAUCAAACAUCUGAAUUACUGCAGCUCAAGAAAGACCCAGCAAGUCGUCCAAUGGCUAAGGGAAGUAAACUUGCAGGACAGCUUUGAGAUAAUCGAAUAACAUCCGCAGAUGUUUACAAAAACUAAGCUAGGGCCGUAAACAUCUUGGACAAUUAGGAAGUUUGGCCAUUAUGUGUUGAAGUUAAUUGUAUGGUUAUACCUUCCUUACAGUUUAUCCAACAGAUGCUUUUUGAGCAGAAGCUGGAAGAGUUGAUACCUAGACCAAUGCGGAACUUGCUCUUUGCUUAGCAUGACUUAACCUAUUGAGGAUUCCCACUCUGGAGAGUUAGGUCCCAAGUAUAUCUGUUUGCAGAAUGGACCACGGCUAUGACAAUGUGCAUUUCGAGGUCAAUUCAUGCACUUGUUCAGGAAUCGGUGCAGGAUUCCAGAGUUUAGUUUUGUUGGUUCUAUUAAAAAUCAACACAGAUCCAUUGACUAUCGUUAUAUCGAUCUAUUCGUUCAUAAACUACCAUAUUGUAAAUACAUUAUGCAGAAUAUUUAUGGCGAUAAUAUAAAAGAAAUUACUGAACAAUAGUCGUUUACAGAAGUUCAAUUUCUUUUUGGAAGACAACUGUCGCAUACUUUCACGCGUUGAUAUUAGCACAGUGGGUCGGUAUCUGAUUAGUUAAUGAAUAACCGAAUUGCACAUGAAGGCAGCGAAAAAUACAAAUGAUCACAAUCAACGCUGGAA